AUGCUGCCGCUGCCCAUCAUCACCACCGCCCCGAUGACCACCGCCGGUUCCCCAAUGCCGCCGGCCCUGAUCACCUCCGUGCCGCCGGCCCCCGUCACUUCCGUGCCGCCGACAACCUCUGUCUUCACGCCGGAGGAGAUGGCCAGCACCCUGCAGGACCUUGUGACGGCCGUCCAGGGCAUCUCCCUGUACUUGGACGGCCCGCACACCACCCCGCCGGCUGCGCCCCCCGCCUACAGCCACCCGGCGACGCACUGGCCGAUCCAGAACGCGUCGGGCCCGAGCGGGACGCCCCUGCUGCCGUUCCAGGCGGGCUACACCAGCGGCCCCCCACCGCUGCUGCACCUGCCCUGGUACUCGGUACCCGCGGCGAUCGCCGGGGCCCAUCCGUCGCUCCAGCCGCCGCCCGCCCCAGCGCCGUCCUGGCCGCAGUGGCCCGCGCCGGUUCUCGCGGCGCCACACCCGCGCCCGCCCCAGCGCCGCGGUGGCCGCACUGACCCGUGCCGGUCCAGCUCCCAUCGCCGCCGCCCAGCUCCGGACUGGUCUGGGGCCUCGUCCGGCUCCGCGGGGGCCUACGACGGCCUCCCCACCGUUCACCGGGCGCCGUCAUCAUCACUGCUCUGCACCGCCGAGCCGGUCGGCCAUGGCGCGCUGACCCAGACACCGCCACGGUUCGCCAAGAUCGAUUUCGCCACUUAUGACGGCACGGAGGACCCGCUUAACUGGCUCAACCAGUGUGAGCAGUUUUUCCAUGGCCAGCGCACGCUCGCGUCGGAGCGCACUUGGCUGGCAUCCUACCACCUCCGCGGUGCAGCCCAGACCUGGUACUACGCCCUCGAGUAG